AAACUUUUCAAAAACUUGAAAAACUUUUACUCUGCACAAAAAUGUGCAACGUUUUGUGAAAAUAUGUUAUGUCAAUCUCGUGUAUGAAUAUUGCAGUGUUUACAAAUGAUCCAACCCGACACGACACAAGGAUCAAAUAAGAACAAAGAUAUGAAGGAAGAUACAGUGCCACCUCUAGCUGGCAGACAUAUAUUCACAGGUGUAAAGAUCUUGGCUCAUCAUAGUGAUAUUGUACGACAUCUAAUAUGGAUUGAUCAUUACAGACUGGCCUCCGCUGGGGAUGAUUGUGUUGUGGUUGUCUGGGAUGUACAGAUGGGUGUGAAGCUGAAGGUGCUAGUUCAACACAAUCUACCAAUCACAUGUAUGAUGAUUAUUCACCCCGAACCUGACAUCACUGAUAGUUUACUGCUUGUCACAGGGUCUUCAGACAAGCAACUAUGUGUUUGGAAUGUCGAUACAGGCAGAUGCAUGCAAGUAAUCAAGGAUCACCAUAGUCCUGUUAAGUGCCUGUUGGAAAUCCCACAACCCAAACUGUUUUGUUCUGGUGGUGAUCAAAAGCUGUGUCUUUGGAAUCAGCAUGGCUCACUUUUGUAUGAACAUAACAUGGACUGUAAUGAAGCUGAUAUCCACUCGAUGCUUCUCUUGAAUGAUGAUUGGAUAGUGGCUGCAACUGGGGACAAACUCAUGGUUUAUGGUGUACUUCGAGGGUCAGAUGAUAUUCCAGAAUGCAGGAUCAAAAGGCUGAAGCGUCUCACUGCAACAGAACACAGGGACUCCAUACAUUGCAUCAUACAUGUAUCAGAGCAUACGUUUGCCAGUGGAUCUAUAGAUGGCAGUAUAGUGUUAUGGUGCAGUAAGACGCUAGCCCCUUUUCGGUUCUUCAUGCAGCCAUUCAGCCAUAAUGUUGUGGGGAAUGAAGGAGAAAAACACGACUUCCCCCUUAGUAUUCAACAUAUGAUUGCCUUUCAACAUGUUCAACAAAGGUUCCUGCUUACAACCCUUGGUAAUGGGUUCUGUAUAUAUGAUGUGGAAACUGGGAAGAUGCUCGCAGAGAACAAACAGGCCCAUAACUCAAAGAUUCUAUAUGUUUGCCUGGUAAAGAACAACUCUGUUCUGGCCACAUGUAGUGAGGAUGGUAGGCUGAUGCUAUGGGGAUGCAUCAGGGAACAAGCUGAUGUGUUGGAUGAUAACAUAUUCAAUAGACUCCUGGGUACCAGCCAGGUAGAUUUUCCAAAGUCUUGUGACAGCAAGCGUGUCCUUAAACUCAAGCAUAUUGGUGAAUGUAAAGGACAUUCCGGUGCAAUACAGAUGUGUGUCAACAAUGGUAACAAUGGGCUUAUCAGCUGCGGUAGUGAUGGCUUGGUCAUGGCAUGGUCGAAUGCUGCCCAGGAUGCCAUGUCCCUGAAUAGGCUAAUACAAGGCAUCGUGUUUGGAACUAGAUGAUGAUCAGUAUUAACGAAAUUAGAUUUUAAGUGCUUUAUACAACCACAUUGUGGACCAUGUGAUAUUUUACAGUGUCAGAGAUUACUAUAUAUUUUUAUACAAGCAAAAUAAUAACAAAUGUGGACUGAUAUUAUAUUUUAUAGUAGCUAAUUACAAACAAUACACAGGCCCGUAGCCAGAAUUUU